AUCCCAAACUCCAGAACCUUGUUCUCCUUGCCCAUCGGACCCCGAGCCGGGGACACUGGGCAGAGUCGGGAAUCGAGGGCAAAUCCAUGGACAUCCCAGCGCCCGCCCGCGGCUCCUCCAGCUCCGCCGGCAUCUCGGCCCCUUUCUGCUGAUGUCACGGAGCUUCCCCGGGAGGGCCGGGAUCGGCCGCCCCUUCCCGGAUCCUCCUCUCUCGCCUCUCCCCUCCCCGGCCCGGCUGCAGCGGAGCCGGGAGCCGCGGCUGCCCGGCAGCCCCGCGAGCCCCUCUCGCCCCCAGGGCCUGUCCAUGGAUGCCAGCAAGAAGGUGGAUCUGAAGAUCAUCAUCAUCGGAGCUCUGGGCGUGGGCAAGACCUCCCUGCUGCACCAGUACGUGCACAAGACCUUCUACGAGGAUUACCGCACCACGCUGGGCGCCAGCAUCCUCACCAAGGUCCUGGCCGUGGACAGCACCCCCCUGAAGCUGCAGAUCUGGGACACCGGGGGACAGGAGCGGUUCCGGUCCAUGGUGUCGACCUUCUACAAAGGCUCAGACGGCUGCAUGCUGGCCUUCGACGUGACAGACAGGGAGUCCUUUGAGGCCCUGGACAACUGGAGAGAUGAUUUCCUGGAGAAGGUCAUUCCCAGGGAACAGGAUUUCCCCAUGGUGGUGCUGGGGAACAAGAUAGACCUCAGUGACCGGCAGGUGCCCAAGGAAAUGGCCUCAGCCUGGUGCAAGGAGAAGGACAUCCCAUACUUCGAGGUCAGUGCCAAGAACAACAUCAACGUGGCCGAGGCUUUCGAGACCCUGGCGAAGCAGGCGCUGAGCACGUACAAAGGGAUUUUUGAGAGUUAUUUAACCGACUCCAUCAAGCUCACUCCCAACGACAAGCCCAAGCAGAGCUGCUGCUGACCCCGGGGCCGCUGCACCCCGCGAUGCCCACGGCGAGCCCGGGGCUCGGUGCCCGCUGCCCGCCCCAGCUGCCCACGGGGACUGGCCGUGCCACCGCUGGGCACAGCAGGGCCGGCUGCCUGCUCAUCCCGGGAUCUGCUGCUUCCCACGGCUCUGGAGCUGCUCUCCCAGUCACCUCAGUGUCACGGUGGUGGCUCUGUCCCCUCCCCGAGCGGGCGAUGUCCCUGCAGUGACGGUGCCAGGGGUGCUGGCAGGGCUCCCGAUGCCUCUGCAGAGACCUUGGCACCACGGGUGACCCUUCCCAGUGCACAGCCUGGUGGCCCCGCGGCUCCCAGGCUGCCCCGAGGGGACAGCUGGGGCUGGUGGCCUCGGCACAGGGACCUGCCACUGUGGAGGCAACUACUCCGUGCCUCAGUUUCCCCUCCUCUCAUGCAUAUCCCCCAUCAGACACCUUCCCCCUCCCGCCUCACGGGGGAGGAUUCCCAGAAAAGCACUUUGUCAGGGGUACUCUUUUUUUUUUUUUUAUGGAAAUUAAAUAUUUCAUUUUUAUUUAUA